AAGGCAUUUCAACAGCAGCACGCGUCAGCAGCAGUAAAGUUAUCUGCGCAUGCGCUAUCGUGUACAGUUAGCUGCUGGUGCUUGUAACUGCGUUGUAUUCAUUUACAUACGGAUUUUUAAAUAAUUCGUUAAUAUUAGCGCUGAAUUCUCGACGCUGGAACAUAAAAACCGAGACCAUGACAGAUGAGCAAGACAUAAUGUGCAAAUUAGAAAAUAUUUUGGAAAUAAGGAAUAAAACUCUCCAGCUGCAGAAGAUCAAAUCCAGGCUGAAGUGCGAGUUUGAAGCCCUUGAAGCCGAAGAGAAACACCUGAGAGAAUAUAAACAGGAGAUGGACCUGCUCCUUCAGGAGAAGAUGGCCCAUGUUGAGGAACUGCGCCUGAUCCAUGCUGAUAUCAAUGUGAUGGAGAGCACCAUCAAGCAAUCGGAAAAUGAUUUGAACAAACUGUUGGAGACCACACGACGCCUCCAUGAUGAAUACAAACCCCUGAAGGAGCAUGUUGAUGCUCUGAGAAUGACUCUUGGUCUGAAUCGGCUGCCCAACCUUAAUGAGGAAGAGGAGAGACUUUCACUAGAUUACUUUGAGAAGCAGAAGGCUGAAUGGCAGAAAGAGCCACACGAGCCCAUCAUUCCUGAAUCUUUAGCAGCAGCUGCAGCUGCUGCUCAACAGCUUCAGGUCUCAAGAAAACAAGACCCACGACAGCCAGCCACUUUCAGACAGCAGCCUCCGCCUAUGAAGGCAUGCCUAUCUUGUCACCAGCAAAUUCACCGCAAUGCACCCAUCUGUCCACUGUGUAAAGCAAAGAGUCGUUCCAGGAAUCCCAAGAAACCCAAGAGGAAGCCUGAUGAGUAAAUAAAAUUUAAUUUAUUUUUACAUGUAAAAGAGUCCCCCUUUAGAACCUUGUAUAAACUGUGUUGUAGUCCCUUUUGUGUUGUCGCCUUGAUUUAAAUAUAUUCAACUCUAUAAGAAUUCCAUCCAUGGAGUCAUCCAUGCAAUAAUGAAUAUUGUUAGCAUUAUAGUUUCUACUGUUCUACUGUUUUACAUUAAUUUACACAUUUUUAUGUAUUACCAUAUAAUAGGUAUGUUGUUUGUUAUUAAACACAAAUGGUAUUUGUCUUUUUCUGGUGGCAGAAACUUACAAUUUGAAAGGGAUCUGCAAAUUAUGAUAAAGCAGUGGUUGUAUUUGACAUUAAAAAUGCUAAAAUUAUAGCCUUGCAUGUUUGGUGUCUUUAAAAUUGUGACUACUUUGACCAUUCAGUGAACCCAACCUGAUUAAAAUGUCUAGUAACUGUUACUGAAAAGUGUUAUAUAUUGAAUGUUUUUUUAUAUUUACAUUUUUUAAAAUAUUUGUCAGAUGGUGUAUUGUGCAGUUUAAUUGACAAACUAGGUUGUUCAGUAAAA